GGGUUCUUCAGGAAGUUUCUCUUUUGCUAGAAAUGUGUAAAAAAAGGGUAGGUGGCGAUUGAAUGGCUUUGGAGAUGGUCUCCAAUGCCUCUUCACCACUCUAGGAUUCCAGAAAUGCUCUCCCGCCUACCUCUUCCAGUGGCAUGCAAUCUGGUGGGAAGUAGAAUGGACUGUUUUUUCUUUCUCACUCUUCCUGUUCUCCUGAGUCAGGUACUCCCUUUGGAUGCCCUGCCUUGGGUGGGGCUGCCCUGAUACUGCCUCCUUGCCUGGGGAGACCAGCUCAGGACCAUGGCCAGGGAGCUUCAGAAUGAAAGAGCGUUCAGCAAAAGUCCCAUGUGAGGGUCCAUUGACUAGCCAGGAAGAAAAACCAAUUUCUCUUAUCAAGGGAGGGUCUCCAUUGGGAGACCUGAAGCCAGCUGCUCUCAUAAACCUGGCAGGAAGGCUGGGCUACGCAGAGUAAUCUUUCAGGUCAAGCCAGUUUCUUCCCUGCCUAGCUCUGGAGGUUGCCACACACAGCUAGCAGGGAGGGAGCCAGGCAAGUAAGACAGGUGAGCUUCCCACUCAGCACAGUUGUCCCAGAGCUACAUUGUUGGCUGCUGGCAAACCUCUGAAGCUCCUAUGUAUGCUUGAAGGAAGGCAGAGGGCCAUGGGCCUUGAAAGGUUGCAGUGACCCACCAGGGCUCCUGGUGGUGGGAAGAGGCCAUGGAACAGCCCCCCCACCUGGAAGGUCCAUUGCCUUCUCAGGAGGUGCUGAGCUCUGUUUUCUAUGCCUUCCCACCUGGUGUCUCUCAAGAAGCCCCAUCAGGUAAGACCAUUCAAGUUGCCACUCUCAGACCUUAUGCUACAGAAGCCAGACCAAGCUCCCCACCCUGCAUAGCUGGUGCAAGUCCAAGUGCUUCCUCCAGCCCUGCUGCCAAGGUAUUUUGGGAAAUGGGCCCGAAGAGGGUGGCCCUCAUCACCUGUCUUAUCAUCCUCAUUGUGCUGCUGGUUGCCCUCAUCCUGCUCUUUUUGUUCUGGCGGUCCAGCACCGGCAUUGUGUACAAGCAGCCAGUGGAGAGCUGCACUGACCAUGCUGUGCGGUGCGAUGGGGUUCCUGACUGUUCUCAGAGCAGCGAUGAACUGGACUGUGUGCGCUUUGGGUGGAACCAGUCCUUGCUCCAUGUCUACUCGGGAGCAGAGAGGCAGUGGCUGCCUGUCUGCAGUCAAGCCUGGACGGAGGCCUUCUCCCGAAAGACCUGUCAGCAGCUGGGAUUCCUCAACACUUCCGACACAGAAUAUGUCCCUCUGUCGUUUUCUGGGAAAAGUCUUGUGGCUGGCGAGAUGCGAAAAACCAUUCAGCAGAGUCUCAACAGCUCCAAGUGCCGUUCUGGAAAGCAUGUUUCUCUCCGAUGCACAAACUGUGGGCAACGGAUAUCCGGCCGCAUUGUGGGAGGCACUGAAGCAUCAGCCAGUAAAUGGCCUUGGCAAGUGAGCCUCCAAUAUGGCUCUGUUCACAUCUGUGGUGGCACUAUCAUUGAUGCGCAGUGGGUGAUGACUGCAGCCCACUGCUUCUUCAUAAAUAGCGUGAAAAUCCUGGAUGAAUGGAAGGUCUAUGCUGGUAUCUCUGAUCUCAAGCAGAUGAAGGAGGGGAUCCUGGUCUCUGAGGUCAUCAUUAAUGCAAAUUACAGUGAUGACCAUGAUGACUAUGACAUUGCCCUGAUGAAGCUCUCCCAGCCCUUGGGCCUCUCAGCUCAGGUUCGCCCAGCCUGCCUUCCCAUGUCAGGCCAAAGGUUUCUUCCUGGGAGAGCUUGCUUCAUCACAGGCUUUGGCAAAAUCAGUGAAAAUGAAGAGAAUACAUCGCCCAAGCUGCGGGAAGCAGAAGUGAAGAUCAUUGACUAUCGGCUCUGCAACAGCCAUAAUGUCUACGAGGGAUUCUUGACCCCCAGGAUGAUGUGUGCUGGAUUUUUGCAAGGGGGCAAAGACUCUUGCCAGGGUGACAGCGGUGGCCCCCUGGUUUGUCAGGAUAGUAAUCGAUGGUACUUGGCUGGGGUCACCAGCUGGGGAACUGGCUGUGGUCAGCAAAACAAGCCAGGCGUCUAUACCCAAGUCACCAAGUUCCUUGGUUGGAUUUACAGCCAAAUGGAGAGUCAGAGCCCCUAGAAGAGAAUGGCACCUUCACUCCUUUCCAGGGAAGUGGAAGAAGCGCGUGGAGGUGGGCCGACCUCACCAGCUGGGCUUCUCCCAACAUCCUCUGGGACCUCUGGGCUGCUUGUUUGAAGGAUGAAGCUGGUACUGAGGCUAGAGCCAAGUCCUUGGCGAGACAUGCUAGGGCAGGAUGGGAUGACCUUGCUCUGUGGAAGUGCCCUUCUGAGAUCUGGCCACAUGUGAACACCAGACAGUGUCUCUUCGGAGUUCUCAGCAGACCAAACAGGGUCAGCCGCAACCCCUCCUAGGGCAGGAUCUGACUGGCAGCACUACAGGCCCCUGGAAACUGGACUCGCUAGACCAGCUCUCUGAAACCUCGCCACUUCAGUGCUUCUGUACCUUUGCCUUGGUGGCCCACUGUGACCCCUCCCCUGGAGGGGGAAUUGCAGACGUAACACCUCCACCCACCCACCCAGUAUUGACUUUCUACUCCCAAGCACACAUCUCCUUCUGUCUCUGAAGUCUUUUCCUGAAAAGGAACAUUUUAUUUGCUGAAAACAGAACUGCCAUUCUGGGCCUGCUCAUUCUGCAGAUUCCUUGCCCCAAUUUGCUUCUCUGAAUCAUGGGAGCAGCUGCCCCUUGCUGCCUCCCCACCCUCCCUGUCACCUUCUUUCUCUGUCUCUCCUUCUGCGAUGGCUGGGAAAUGGCCUCUGAUAGCUAAGCCAGAGAGGGUCUUCUUAAACUCCACUGUCAGGGAUUACCUUGCACAUUGGCUGGUGUUACAAUUGGAACCUGAAAUAU